AAAAUCUGGCAGCCUCAGUGGAACGAAAGUGGAAAUAUUCUCCAAGAAUUUGAUGAUGCCCCACUACUAGAAGGAAAACCUAAGCCCAAAUACAGAGAGCAAUCUCCACAGAGAGUGGAAGGACACAGAGAGAGCGACAGAAGGACAGAGAGAGCGAUUCCAGAUCGAAGAUCCCAGUCAAGAUUCAUCAUGUAUCCGGCCAGUGCCAGCAGCAGUGCCGCAUCUGCAGCAUCCAAAUUCCAGAAUCGCUGCGCAUCGCCACAGUUUGCCAGCUUUGCGCCGCCGCCACCGGGCGACUAUCCGCAUCCGCAUCCGCAUCCGCAUGCACACUCGCAUCAGCAUCAGACGACAGCCGCGGCCGUACACAAUGCCCCUGGCGGCGGUGGCAGUGGCGGUGGCGGUGGCAUUGGCGGCUCGAUGCGUCAUCCUAGCCAGCGCUCCACCUCGGCCACGGCAGCGCAUCAGAUGACCCUCAAUCAUGGCGGGCACGGCGGCCACGGCGGCCACAAUCACGGCCAUGGCGGCGGCCUGAGCAUGGGCCAUGGCACGGCCGCCACACUGGGCCACCAUCAUCAUGUGGGCUCUCAUCUGAUGUAUCCCGACGACAUGGACAGCAUCGAGUUCUGCAUGCCAGCGGCGCCGUCGUCCUCGUCAUCGUCCUCACAGCAGAAUGGCGGGGAACAGCUGCUGUUGGGCAGCAGCCACGGGGAGGCCUUUACGGAGCGUCGACGACGCGGACACAGUCGCCGGAGCAACCACAAAAUGGACGUAGAACAGCAGGUGAAAUGGUCCCGCAAGAACAUUGCCGCCACAAUGGAACGCUUUGAGCCCACAACCAACACACAGUCCUCGUCGUCCACCUCAUCGCUGGACUAUGGCUUUGCCGCCGGCGUUAUGACGCCCAGCAGCAGCAGUGCCACGCCGUCGCAUGGCGGCGGCGCCUCUGGUGGCGGCAUGUCCUCCACCCCCUCGCUGCAUGUGGCCUUCAACGGGGGCGGUGGCGGUGGCGGUGGCGGCGGCGGUGGGUCUGGUGGUGCUGCGGCUGGGGCCAGUGGCGGCGCCGUUGGAGCAGCUGCUGCGGCGGCACCGUUUAAUCAUGUCUACUCGUACGCCUAUUACGAACCAGGGGCGGCCAAGUGCCACACGAAUGUACCCGCCCAGGGAUCCGCACAGGCCCAGGCCCAGGCCCUGGCCCAUGCCCAUGCCCAGGCCCAGGCCCAGGGACAGAUGCAGAUGCAGAUGCAGGCGCCGUCGAAGAGCCCGCCGAGGAACUCCAUACGCGCUCUGUUGGCCAAGAGCUUCCGCUCGAAAUCAUCGUCACACAACGGGGGGGGACAGUCCACGUCGUCGUCGCCGAGCGCCGAGGAUCGGGACAGGCACACGUACACCACCCGCUACGGCACCACCGAGAAUCUGUACGAGGAGGUGAGCGAGCAGAAGAUCCGCAAGGUCCUGUCCGACAACCGCAUCGCCUCGUCCAGCGUGGGGAACGUCAAGGAGGAGCAGCGCCGCGUCCAGCACAAUCAUUUCCGUGUGCUCGACGAGCUAAAUCUCUCCCUGGAGGCCCUCAUCAUGCCCCCAACGCCCCCAGAUAUUAGUCCCAGCCAUGCGAUAGCCGUCAACGUCGAUGAGAUGGGAAUGGGCAUGGGGAUUGGGAUGGGAAUGGGAAUGGGGCCCAUGAGCUCCGCUGCAUCCUCCGGCAGCAGUGGCUUGGGACAGGCAGUGGCCUGCUCCUCCUCCUCCUCCUCCUCUGCGGCGGCGGCGGCGGCGGGGGCGGGGGCGGGUGCAGCGGCGGGGCCACCAUCCUCUCUGGUGGCCAACAGCAGCAGCAGCAGCCAAUCGAAGACCGCCCAGAGGCCACGCCGUGGGGGAUUGCUGGGCGGUUCGGCGGCCAGCGCCAGCGCCAGCGCCAGUUCGGCCUCGCAUGCCAGCCUCGAGAAUCUGUCGAGCACUCUGAACAGCAUGGAGCUGAAGGAUCAUCAUCAUCAUCACCAGCAGCAGCACCAGCAGCACCAGCAGCAUCACCAGCAUGGACACACGAGCAGCAGCUGCAUCAAUCCGGAGUUCGAUGAGGGGGAUCUGGACAGCGGAUUCAGUGGCAGUGGCAGCAGCAGCGGCGCCAGCUACAAUGAGAGUCUGCGCUACUACAAGUCAGCCACGCCCACUGGCCACAAUCUCAAUCUCAAUCUGAAUCUGAAUCCCACGCUCCACCACCAGCAACAGCAACAGCAGCAGCAGCAACAGCACAACAGCAACAACAACAACACAUUGCCCCACAAUAUUCGCAGCUGCCGCUCAUCGACGGCCUCCGGGACAUCUACCUCGAAGAGCAGCAUGGCCAGCUGUGGCGAGGAUCAAGGCAUCGCCGGCAUGGGAAUGAUGGUGGGCUCUGGAGCUACUGCUGCUGCUAUGGCAGGACCCACUGUGGCUGCUGCUGCUGCUGCCGCUGCCGCUGCCGGAGUGCAGGAGACCAGCCUGGGCUCCCUGUCGCCCUUCCAUUAUCCACGACGCUGUUCGGCCGAUCAACAGCGUGCCUCCGGCCGAUCGAUUGCCUCCGGAUCCGGCAUGGGAGUGGGUGGCGGAGUAUCCACAGCGGUGGCCAUGUCCGGGGCAGGCAGCUACAGCCUCAGCAGCAGCAGCAAUGUGGCACUGUCCACCGGAGCGAAACCCAAGAAGAAUUUCUGGACCAUGAAACCGUGAUGCUACAAAAAGGCGCUGCGUCACAUAUGCAAGAAAUGGACUAUUGUCAUGGAAUACAAUUCAAAGACUGCCUCAUGCCAUGCCAUCCACUAUUACCACCAGCCCAGCAGCAGCAGCAGCAACAACAGCAACAGCAACAGCAACAGCAUUAGCAUUAGCAGCAGCAGCCGAAGCCGAAGCAGAAGCAGCGGCCAACAUCAGCAUCAGCCGUUGACAUCGUCAGCGUCAACGUCAUCGUCCUCAUCAUCAUUGCAGCUGGCCGGUAGUCGCUAUGCCCUACACAAAGAUCCCAAAUAUCCUUUCGAGCUUGUCGAAAACGAGGCUGACGCUAAGGAGGUGGAGGCGGGUGAUCACGACGAUCCGGAGGGUGGUCAGGAGCUAGUAGAGUAUCAGAGAUAUGCCAGAAAUCAGAAGCAACGUUACUACGGUCACACUGUCGGCCAGAGGAGUCGUCGACGCUACUACAAAUACGAUGCCGUCGAGGAGUGUUGCCGCCCGAUAUUCCAGGAUCAGCAAUGUGACUCACUCACAGACAUGUUGUAAGGGGGGACGGGGACUCGGGAGGUGGGAGGGGAUUGGAAUGG